UUGUUCUCGAGAAAACCCCUGCUAUUAAACCAAAACAUUCGCUAUUCGUCGUGUGGACGGCCUCGUAUUCUUACUAUUCCGAAUGCAUUAACCACCCUCAGGAUUGUGUGUACGCCGGGCAUUGUAUAUCUGAUAAUUCAAAGUGACUUAACGUAUGCCGCUGCUAUAACGGUUAUUGCCGGUCUCACCGACGUCGCAGAUGGCUAUAUAGCACGGCGAUUCCCAUCUCAACAGUCAUUACUUGGUUCGUACAUAGAUCCUCUUGCAGACAAAAUAUUUGUCUCGUUCCUGUCGUUCGCUCUUGCCUAUGCGGAUCUUAUGCCUUUGAGUCUAUUCUUGCUAUUCAUGUCGCGUGACUUACUUCUGAUGUUGGGCGCAUCCUACCUUCGGUUUAUUUCACAGAGACGGCCGCGACAACUUUCUAGAUUCUUCGACCCUCAUGUUCCAGUUAUCGAGAUGAAGCCUAUUAACAGCAGUAAGGUAAGGCAAUCGGAGUCUCUUAAUAGUAGAGUAAUCUUCGAUGAAGAUUUGUUGUAA